CUCAGAUCACUGCUCUUACAGCACUAGAUCUAAAGACACAGCAAUCACCCUUCGUCGAACAGGUGUCACUGACUCCGGCGUGAAGUCGGUCUAGCAUUCACUUCCGUUGACAUACAUAAAAGCUCACCUGUGCUCACAAGCUGCUGAGCCGAACCACAGCAACUGCGUCACCAGACACCGAUCCACGAUCACUCUUUCUGACUUACACUUCACACGAACAACAUCUUUACAAGCAUCAAUGUACGGGCCGUACGACCACUCGAGCUACCAUGAAGCCCAUCGUCCAUUGGACAUGGCCGACCUUCGUCAAAUGUCAUAUGACGAUCUGCGAGCAUUAUUUCGACUCCUUUCAGGCCUCGUCAGCGGAGCUGAUUCUACUCCCCACACUCGCGCAAUAUUUGAGACCAUGAACCACAUUUGGGAAAUCACUCAAGGUACACGAUUGGGCCCUGAAUAUGGCGAAUUUGAUCUCUACGGCGGCCAUCACUUUCAGGGAACAUCAAGUGCAACUAUAGAAAACGUCCAGCUCAUCAGCAGAGAUCAGUCAUCAGCUGGGACUCCGCCUCCACCCCACCGUAGCCGGCACAGGCAAUCGCCUGGUCCAACUCGCCGGGAUGCUUCCUGGGUUGCUCAGGGUGGAUUGCCAGAUACGCAUCGCCUCAACGCUCGCACCCGCCCACACAGCUGGCCGAGUUCCUUCGUGCGGGUGUGGUCGACCGCUGAAUUACGCGGCGUUCUUACAGAGCUAGGAUAUGGCGUAAGAGACGUGAACCUUCACGGGACCAGGCGUAAUAUUGAGGACGAGCUCGAGAUGCGUGACCGCGAUCCGGCGAGAGAGGCCAGAGUCGUUACUGAGUUCGUUCACGCAGCCCCUGUUCUACUACCGCAGCAACAAGACGUACACGUAUACCCUCCAACACGCCGGGAAAUCCAUGUUCAUCCUUCGCAGCCGCAGCGUGUGGAUGUUUAUGAGCCCAGGAGACAGGUGGAUAUACAUCAUCAUCAGCUUCUUCCAAGAAUUGUGCAUCACCAUUACCCAUCUCCCUCAGCGCAGACCUACAUCCAACGGGCUGGCGCCCCUCAGGCAUACGAACGGCCUGCUCCGCAGGCUGAAGACGUUGAGUUCAGGGCAAGGAGGAGGACUCAAGGUAAGAAUGAAAGGAAGAAAGGUAAUAGGGGUGAUAGCAGUGACGAGGACUACUGAGUAGGCGGGCCUUUAUGCUCAGUGGUUG